ACAUGCUACGCUUGCAGUACAUUCUCAACAGCGACUCCAUCUCCAUUCUCGUUGAUCCCACCAACUGUGGUGAAGAUCGUCCCGGCGAAGGACCUCGUCUUGAGAUUGUGGCUAAAGAAGGCCACUCUGUGACUAUCGAGCAAUUCUUUAGUGUUGUUCAUCUUUGCUUGCGAGAGCUCAAAGGUCAACUUCGCAGUGCUGCAAGUGUUUGGGCUGGUUGGGGUCUUCGAGAGGAUCCCGAGAUGAUUGUCAGGUUAUAUGCAAUGCCCAUCCGCGUUGAUGACACCAGAGGAUGGACGCCAGGAUGGAUCGCCAUGGAGGUAAAAACUCAAACAAGGAUUGUCGGGCACGUAACUAAGACCAUUAGAGAUUCAGGCCUG